UUUUCCGUUCAAAUCGAGUUUGCAUCUUGGCAGGUUCACUUCGUGUGUGCGCGUUUUGCUGCGGCGGGGGUUAUUAUCCAAUAAAAGGAGAAAAAUCAAUUUCAAUUCUGCAACAGCAGCAUUAGAGCAGUGAGGCGGAAGAAAAAAAAAGUCCAGCAUUUCAACUCGUGGAAUUUUCGAGGGUUUUUGGCGCAGGGUGUGUUCCGGGUUCAAGUUUGAAAAUCCGUCGCAACCAGUGUUCAUCAGUCAGUAGUGUGGUGCUUUGUGGUGGUCUCCCGAGGUGGUGUGGUGUGAAGAAAAUCAAUUAAUAAUAAAUCAGAUUCAUUCAGUGCGGAGCUAGAAAUCCAGUUACCUCGCCUAGGUCGAUUGGCAGUGGCGGAAGCUAAAAGAAGGUGUAGCAUCGAUAGGUGAAAAAUAGGCUGCUUGAAGAAGGAAGACGCAGCACAUAGUGAAAAAAGUGAAAAAAGCUGCAAUCGUUUUCGAGUAGGAUCCGUAACAUCUUCUAGUGCCAUCUAGAUUGCCAUCCAGUGCAACGGAAACGAAGAAGCAGAAGAAACCGAAAAGUGCUUAGAAGUACAUAGUGCUCUUCCGGUGAAGCUCUUUUGAAAACUGUUGACGAGACUCUCAUCGGUGUAGGCUGCGGAAAAGAUCCGGCUUGACCAGCUCUAGAAGACACAAUAAUAUCCACCACCCAGUAGAGGCAGACGUACACUCCCGCGGUAUCUCUGCAGGGGAGGCAUUAGCACAUAGAGCAGGCAACAUCAUCAGUAGUGUUUGAUUGGGAAAAAAUAAUACUCACUCAGUGUAGGAAGUAGGAAUCGGUUUGUGUGAUUGAUCGUUUUCUGCGUGGCAUUGGCAGCAAUUGGAAAAAAAUCUCGAAGAAGUUUAUUCCAUUUGAAAAGAAAGAAAAAAGUGCAUUGUGUGCAGUGAAAGUGCUAAAAAGAAUCAGAGAGUCACUUGUUUGUUAGUGGAAAAUUGAGUAGUUCAAAGCAGCAAAGCAAGUGACACACAUCACACGGCAUCAACGGUAGAACAAAGCCUGUGAGUGAAGUGUGCUAAUUAGGUCGGUUGGCGUUCUAACCAGUAGACGGGGAAAAUCCAGUAGUCGCUCGCAAGUUUGCUAGAGCGGGAUCGUCAAUUUUUCGCGCUGCGCCCGGUUCAAUAAAACAGCCUCAAAAUUAGUAACAUCAUGGCUUUCGCUGGUCUGAAGAAGCAGAUCAACAAAGCGAAUCAGUAUGUCACAGAAAAAAUGGGCGGUGCGGAAGGCACCAAACUGGACCUGGACUUCAUGGAAAUGGAAAGAAAAACAGACGUCACGGUAGAACUGGUCGAAGAGUUGCAAGCAAAAACGAAAGAAUACUUGCAACCGAACCCGACGGCCAGAGCGAAGAUGGCAGCGGUCAAAGGUAUUUCUAAAUUAUCAGGUCAAGCUAAAAGUAAUACUUAUCCACAACCAGAAGGUAUAUUGGCCGACUGCAUGCUGACCUACGGCAAGAAGCUCGGGGAAGACAGUAUCUUCGCCGGCGCCCUCGUUGAGAUGGGCGAUUCGCUCAAGCAGAUGGCCGAUGUGAAGUACUCGCUCGAUGACAAUAUCAAGCAGAACUUCCUCGAGCCACUGCACCAGCUGCAGACCAAGGAUUUGAAGGAGGUUAUGCAUCAUCGCAAAAAACUGCAAGGACGACGUCUUGAUUUCGACUGCAAAAAGCGACGACAAGCCAAAGGAUCUCAAAUUACAGAUGAUGAAAUCCGAAGCGCUGAGGAGAAAUUCGCCGAGUCGCUGCAGCUGGCUCAGGUCGGAAUGUACAAUCUGCUGGAGAAUGAUGUAGAGCAGGUUUCACAACUAGUCACAUUCGCAGAAGGAUUGUUGGAGUUCCAUUCACAGUGCGCCGACAUCCUGCGGGUACUCGUCGAAACAUUGAACGAGAAACGAGAGGAAGCCGCCAGCCGUCCAAAAUCGGAAUUCGUCCCCAAGACGCUAGCGGAUUUGAACAUCGAAACGCUCGGUUCCCAGGACGGAAUGAAUGGUGGGCCACAUUUCCUUAAUCCCAAUAGAGUAAAAAAUUCCCAUCAUCACAUGUACAGUUCUCAGCAAAAUUUAUCCACCCACCAACACGGCAACAGCGGCAGUAACAACUACAGCAACAACAAUAAUAGUAACUUUAAUCGGAACAAGCUGUACGGGUCACAGCAAAGCCUAUCGUCGUCGCUGUCGACGAGGAGUGGCGGGGCCGCUAGUACCGGUGGCGGUGGCGGUGGUGGUGUCGGUGAUCCUUUUCUAAAACCUCCCCCGUACGGGUCGCUAGCGACCCAGCAGGAUUCGUCCGUGACCUCCGUCGACAGCUGGCUGAACGCGUGGGAUCAGCCUUCGAGUGCUGCGGUGGUACCGCCCGCGGCUUCUACCAAUGCCGCCGCCGGUUCGCGUGCCUAUAAUAGUCAAAACCAGGGGAAAUUUUCAAACUUUAACAGCAGUAACCACCAGAAAAACUACAACAACAACAACAACAACAGUGUGUAUAAUACUAGCUCCACCACUACUACUACCACUUUCUCCACCACUAGCAAGUUCGGGUCAAAAUUCGCUAACAACAACAACAACAACUUUAAUGAUCCCUGGUCAGCUUCGCCAUUGCCAUCGCCAAUGCGGUCACCAGCGCGGACGCCGAUGCCCGCCAAGCCUACGCAACCCUGCUGUACGGCGCUGUACGAUUUCGAGCCGGAGAACCCCGGAGAGCUGGGUUUCAAGGAAAACGACGUCAUCACGCUCAUUCAGCGUGUGGACGAGAACUGGUUCGAAGGCAGCGUCAACGGCCGAACCGGCUACUUCCCCCAGUCGUACGUGCAGGUCACCGUUCCAUUGCCCUAAGAAGCUAAGCUGGCAGGCAGGCAGCAGCUGAGCAGAAUGCACGCGCUAGGCUAUAGUCGAUAGAUUACACUAAAUACUACUGGCGUCUUCGUCAACAAACACAUACAUACACACACACACACAGAGACUAGGUUUUAUCAUUGAUCGGUUUUCGAAUUUCUUAGUUUUUUAAAUUUUGAAAUCGUAAUUGUAAUCGUUCCGCUCUCCCCCUCAAGACGAGAGAAGAAAAACUUCCCAGCAGACUCUUAUUAGUAUGAUUACCGAUAGGAAAAUUGAAAGAUGGAAAAACUCGGGAUGGUCUAGGUUCCGAAGUUCAACGGCGGAAUUCAAAAGUCAAAAUCAAAUGCAUGGACAAUGUGCAGUAGGUGGUACUGGCUGCAGUCACCGGAAUCUGCUCGCAGAGAGAAUGUGUGAAACAAUAGGAUUUUACUAGAUUACGAUAUGGAAACAAGAUAUUGAAACUAUGAAGUAUUUACAAGAGAUUUAUUGCGAUUCAGCCGAAAAUUUGACUCUUUCUGUUCAAGCCCCACACGAUUAUUGAUGCAAAGAAAACGGAGAAAAGCAAAAAGAAAAAAAAACUAUGUACGUGUAAGGUGUUAAUUACUAUCCAUAACCGGGAUAGCGAGUAACAGGAGGAGGAGGGACGGAAGACAAAAAGAGUCUACCAUAUGUGUAUAGAGUUAAGGAGAAACACGUCGGUGUGAUUGAUUGUUGAGUUUGUCCCGCGGUGCGAGAUGUGUUACACGAUUGCGAAUAAUAGUUAAAGUUACACUUAUGUCUCAAUGCAUCCAAACUGCUCUGGAAGCAGACCCUAACUGAUCCAUUGGUUACAUAAAUAUGGAUAUCGUUUCAUUGAGUAUCUUAAAACUUUGGGGAACAUUGGUAUUACAUACCUGCAAGGAAUGGAAAAACUUUUCUUAGAAAUUGCUCUAGGAAUUUUUCUAGGUAACUCAAAAUAUCCUACAAAAACUUUGUAAGGAUUUUGCAACACUUCUUACAGGGUUUGUUAAAAAAAACUUCUAUUAAUUUCCUUAGGAGCUAUUCAAGACGUUUCGUCUCAUAUAUCUCUAAUGAUUUCUUCAUGAUUUUGUUUUCGAACACUAAUUCAAAGAGACUCCUCAGACGCUUCUAAAAAACCUUUCAAAAACCUUUUCAACGAAUUUGUAACUUAUAAGGAACACCAUAAGGAGUUACUUCAAGGUUUUCUGCCAGUAUCCCCCCAAAAGCGGUUCUAUGGAUUCAGAAGGUACUUACCUCAGUAUUCCUCUAGAACUGUUUUCAGGAUCUUUACAAGCCAUUAUCAUAGGAAUCAUUCCAAGUUUUGAUCCAGGAAUUCUCACAGAAACCCCAAAAAUCCUACAGGGAUGUUGCCAAGAUGUUUUGUUGAAAGUCCCUAAAGAAAUUAUCUUAGGAACUCCACUGAUCAACGUGUUUUUGUAAUUCUAUCAGAGAUUCGAUAGGCAUUCUAAGACAUUCUAUACAAACUUUCUACAGCAAAUUCUCAAAUGGCACCAAGAACUCCUUCAUGGAGUACUUCAUGGAUGAAAUUGGAUAUCCUCUUUAGAGCAAGAAUUGUUCAUAUAAUUUCACUAGAACUAGGGAUUGCAACAGAAAAUUCCUAAUGAGGCAACAGGUAAUUGGAAUUGGUCAGGGAACCACUUGAAUAAAAAUGUCUUUACAAGCUCAUCCAUGGUUUCCUCUAGGAACUCUCCAUGGAAGUUUUAAAUAAUUGCAACAGAAAGUGCUUUUAAGCUUUUAUCCAGAAACUCUAGUAAUUUCUUCAAGAGACAGGUGUUUCUACAGGAACUCUUCAAGCGAUAAUCGUAGAUUUCUUCAGGGUCUAUUCCACGGUCUUUUUCAGUAAGCCUUCUUGAAUUCUUCCAGGAAAUUCUCUCAAAACAUCUUCAGAAAGUAAUCCAAGAACAGUAAGUUUCUAGGAAUUCUUUCUUAGAAAUGUUUUUGGAAGUUCCUAAAAUAUGCAACCCUGUGGAGAUUAUUUCCGGAUCAGUUCCUUUUGCAAUUCAAUCGGGAAUUCCUCAAGCAAUUAUACACGCAAUUUAUCCGGCAAUUUCUCUCAAAAUGUCUCUUUAAAUCAAUCAUUGACAGAGGCAUUUCCCUCUUUUAAAAUAGUAAGUAAAGUAAGUAUAAAUAAACAGUAUUAUUGCUACAAUAUGCUCAGGGAAUCCCAAAUAGUUCUCCAUAAAUCCUUCUGGAAACUAGAGCAAUUGAUUUUGCAGAAAAUUCGCUUGGAGUCAUUUUGAAAAUGCUUCUGGGAAAUUUUCGGACAAAAUUUAAGUAGCAAGAAGUUGUAGUUUUGUUGGCGAUGCUAAAGAUUUCUUUGGAGUUUCUCUGGUAAUUUCUUGAAUUUUUUUUUUCAAUAGUAGUUUCGCUUGUAAUGCUAAAGCUUUCAUUAGAAAAUUUCUUGAAAUUCCUUGAAAAAUUUCUCCGAAUACUCAGGAAUAUUUGUAAGGAUUCUCUGGGAAUUCACAAAACAUUCCUAUUUCAAACAGUCUUCUGGAGAUUCUUCGUUAAAUUUCACUGAGACCUCAUAUGGGGUCGCAAGUUUCAGAUGGAAAUUUCCUCUGACACUGGGAGUUCCUUCGAAAUCUCUUCCAGUUAUUUAUUUUGGAAUAUUUUUUUCUGAAUUACUUCUGAGAAUGGCGUUGAGAAGAAUUUAGUUGCUACACGUUUCUGAAUUGUUCUGAAAAAGUCCUGCGAGAUCGUCUCUAGUAAAUCAUUUAAAAUACUCUCCAAGAAAAACAGAAUUUCUCGGAUUUUUUUUAUAUUAUAUCGCUGAGAAUUCCAUUGAAGUGUUUGCUGGAAUGACAGUGCAAGUUUUCAAGAAUCGGAGUUCCGUUUUUUUGAGAAUCCCUUCCAAAAUGUCUUCAUGAAUCUCUCAAGAAAUCACCAGGAGUUUAUGUGAGAACUUCUCUGAUCAUUCUCUCGAUAAAUCAUCCGGAAAUCCUUCUGAAAGCUUCUGGAAGUUUUGGGAAAUUAUUGGAAUUCUCCGAGUAUUCCUCAACAAAUAUCUUCGGAAAAUGUCACUCUGAGAAUUCAUCUAUUAAUUUCUCUAAGAACUCCUCUGGGAAUCAUUUUGCGCCAUUUCUUCAGUAGUCCGUUUGCAAAUUUCUAUCAAUUUCACUGGAAAUCCCUUUGGAAAGUUCUUUGUGACUUCCAUUGGGAGUUCCUCAGCGAUGUCUUCAGGGUCAGAAUAUCUUCGGCCGAAUGGCCUUACACCAGAAUAUCUUACCAACUCUCUCCAAAAAUUCUUCUGGGAAUUGUACUGAAAAUUCCUCCAAAUUCUCUAGUAAUCAUCCAAAAAUUUCUCUGGGUAAAAUCUGGAAAUUCUGCCAAGAAUUUCUUUGGAAAUUUAUUAGGAAUAAUUUUAAAAAAAUGUUGGAAUUUCUUUGGAAACUCUUGGGAACUCAUCCGUGAAUAAUUGAGUUUCCCUAAAACCUAGCAGAAAGCAGAACAUAACACUGGCAAUUUAUCAUUUCGCGAAUUAUAUCUCUGGUAAUCUCUCAGGGAAUUCCUGCGGGUAAUCUUCUUAGGAAAUCCUGAAACAAUCUCUAGGAAUUCCUCUGGAAUAACUUCGGAAGUUCUUCUGGAAAUACCUGUGUGUCUCGUCUUCAAAUAUCUCCUAAAAUUCCUCAGGUAAUUACUUUGUGAGUUCCUCCGGAAAUUUUUCGGCAAAUUUAUCCGAAAAUUCUUCUAGGAGUACUUAAACUUCUUUCAAAAGUUCAUUCGAGAUUUCCCUUGAAAAUGUCUUUGAAAAUUCCUCUAGCAAUUUUGCUGGGAAUUCCAUUGGGAGCUACCUGAGAAUUCCUCAAGAAAUUUCUCUGGAAUUCGUCCAGUUCAUCUCUGAAAAAAAAUCUGACGAAUUUCAAGGAUUGUUUCUUAAGAAUUUCUUGCGCUGUGGAUUAUUUCAGGAGCGAAAUAUGUAAAAUUGAUUUGUCUUUGUAAUAGAGACUUUAAGCAAAUAUGUAAAAGUUAUUCAGUGAAACAAAACACCUGAAAAGGUUGCAAAGACCAAUAAUAAUGCUGCGUUUUCAUACAUAUGCUAACCAAUGUAGGUAAUUAAGUUUGGAUGCAAAAGAAAACUCUACACACGCUUAAUUUCCAUGCCGGCAGCAAAGAAAACGAUACAUGGAGAAAGGGGAGUAUCUCAUUUUGGCAUGAUGGUCGUUUGACAUAACCUCAAUCAUAAUCCUUCUUCUCAUAUUGGUCAUUCUUAACGUUAUGCCAAAUGACCAUGACGUCAAACGGGAUUACUCCCAGAUAAAGAAACCAUAUAGUUGAACUUCAUCUGACCAUGAUUUUUGUCUUGUCGUUCGACGACAAACGCCUCCUAGUUCUCUAGUUCUGAUAGUUUUAGAAGAGACAUUAUUGAGUUUUAAGCAGACUAACAGACAGAUUUUAUUCAUAUUGAGAAAAAUCUUUAACCUUUAACCUAUAAGCCGCCGCCGCAGCCGUCGUUGCUUGAGCCACAAGCCGUUCGUCUUCAGUUGUUAGGUUUUAACAGGAAAACUUAGUUUAAACAAAUACCUAAAUGAGAUAAACACAUCGAUAUUAGUCAAAUGAAGCGAUUAUUUGCUGUGCUAAGAAUGUUACAUAUGAUACAUAUAUUUGAGUUCCAGUCAGAGAAACGUGUGCACGUGUGAAUGUUUAUCGAUCGGGCUUAGUAGUGUAGCUAAGUGUAGAAGAUGAAAAGAGAUGGUUUCGUCGUGAGAAUUUCCCGGAAAUUCCGUUGCAAACUUGAGAACUUAACCCCGGAGAAGACUUUUGUCACUGAGAAAGCAGAAGGCGCGUGACGACCACCAUAUAUGCAUCAGUUGUGUUUAAAAUCGAUCGAUCGAUCACGAAUGUCACCAUUGAAUGUUAUACCUAAAUCGGAAGGUUCUGUUAUUUUAUUGUUGACGAUGUGGUUCGGAUUCGGUUCUGUUUUCCUUUCUCUAAGGGCACUGUUAUUUUACGUUGUUCUUGUUUGUUCUCAUGUUCUUCGCGAUUCCAUCAGUUUUCGCCGUGUCGUCUGUUCAAGUGAUCGAGAUUGAGUUAGAGAGCUAAACAAAAAAUGCAAAUGAAAAUAUCUAUCUUGUUCGAAAGGAGCUAUAAUCUAAACGCGAGAGUAUUAACUGUGUAUAUAAUUUUAGUAGGUUUCGUUGAAUAAACUCUUUCAAAUGCUAGUCGCCGAUCUGCGACUGAACGUUA